AUACUUUUUAAAGAAAAACAAUUAGAGGAUCAGAUGCAUGAUUUUUUUUUAAUGGAUGCAGAUCUUCUAUGAGGUGUCUCAAGAUAAGUCUGAGGGUUUAUAUUUAGAUGCCAGAAAUGUUGUAGUUGCACUAAUUUGAAAUGUUUAGCUGUAAUUUAUAAAUAUCCUCUGAGCCAUAAUUUUGCAUGCAAAAUUCCCCCAUAAUCUCUCUGUAGGUAUGUUAAUAUAUUGAUGCAUUAAUGCCCUUUAUCUAAAUGACCUUUUUCCCCCCCUCUCCCUCCAUAACUUUGGGUAUCUAAAUUGAUGACCGCUCAAUGACACAAGCAAGAUAACAGUGCUGUGUAUUAUAUUUUGUUUAUAUUAUCGGCACUUCUCAGUAUAGGUGGAAGGAACCAUUACCUUUAUUUAACAGUGGUUUUUCUUUUUUGUUGUUGUGUUUUACAGUUCUUUUCCCUGGUUCAGCCUGAACUAUAUACCAGGCCCUGCUGAAAAUACCACCCAACAGUUUUCUUCUGCAGCUUAUCCAGUUUCUCUUAAGUGCCCUGUACAUAUUGUAUGUUUUAUGAUGAGAUGCAGUUUCUUAAUGUGUAUUACAGAAACACUACUGGUAUUUGCAAAUAUAUAGUAAAAUUGUUUUAUUGAACUCUCAUUUUGGGGGCUUGGGCACAUUAACAAAUUAAUCCAUCUGUAUAGGGCUUUUGCUGUUGGAUAGAAUAAAAACCACCUGCAUAAUGACUUGUUUCAUGCUAGGACCCUUAAAAUUAUAUGUGCAGAGCAGGCAGUAAAAUAAGACACUUGUCUUAGUUGGCUGCAAGAUUUUGGGCCAGAAGUUUCUUCUGAAAUGGCAGUAUGUAGCAGCAUUCUUGGUACAAUAAGCAUGGCACAUACUGGAACAAAUGCAUUUUACUGCACAGGUAAGGAAUGUGCCACAAUAUCCUGUAUAUAUGCACCCAUCCACCCUCAGACACACACACAGAGCGUGUAUUUGAAGAUCUGCAGAGACUUUCAUUUUCAUUUGACAAGUCAGCAAAAGCCCUACGCUUGAUUCAACCAAAAAUAUUUCCAUACCUUCUCUUUUAAGUUUUACAAAAUUUAUAUGGUAGGUGUAAAACAAACUUAGUGAACUGUACCAUAUUAUUAACCCCUAAAUCAAACUUUUUUUGUCUUGUGUAUCUUGAUUUUUCUGUGUGCUUUAUAGUGAAGCAGCCGACACGAGUCGUUGUUCAUAAAACAGCUUUUGAAAGUUGAGAGCACACCCCUGGAGAACCGACUGUGCUUGCUUACGUUUGGUUCAUGACUUAAAAAUCGAGUACAGGAGUUAUUCCUGAUGAGACUAAGGCUUUGUCUCUCUUGGCACCAGCUAAUGCUGUGGCAGGUCUGCUGCCUGGAGGUGGACUCCUGCCUACUCCUAACCCACUUUCUCAGAUUGGUGCUGUUCCUUUAGCUGCUUUAGGAGCUCCUGCUCUUGAUCCUGCCCUAGCUGCUCUUGGGCUUCCUGGAGCAAACUUAAACUCUCAGUCUCUUGCAGCAGAUCAACUACUAAAACUUAUGAGCACAGUGGAUCCAAAGUUGAACCAUGUAGCUGCAGGUCUUGUUUCCCCAAGUCUGAAAUCAGAUACCUCCAGUAAAGAAAUAGAAGAAGCGAUGAAAAGAGUACGAGAAGCACAGUCAUUAAUUUCUGCUGCUAUUGAGCCAGACAAAAAAGACGAAAAACGAAGGCAUUCAAGAUCGAGGUCACGCUCACGGAGGAGGAGGACACCUUCUUCAUCCAGACACAGACGGUCAAGAAGCAGAUCAAGGAGAAGAUCUCAUUCAAAAUCAAGAAGCAGGAGGCGGUCUAAAAGUCCAAGGCGAAGAAGAUCUCAUUCCAGAGAGAGAAGCAGGAGGUCCAGGAGCACAUCCAAAACCAGGGAUAAAAAGAAGGAAGAGAAAGAAAAGAAACGUUCUAAAACUCCCCCCAAAAGCUACAGCACAACCAGACGGUCAAGAAGCACAAGCAGAGAAAGACGACGUAGAAGAAGCCGGAGUGGAACACGGUCACCUAAAAAACCCAGAUCUCCUAAGAGGAAAAUGUCCCGGUCCCCAUCUCCAAGAAGACAUAAAAAGGAAAAGAAGAAGGAUAAAGACAAGGAGAGAAGUAGAGACGAGAGGGAGCGCUCCACCAGCAAGAAGAAAAAGAGCAAAGACAAAGAGAAGGAUCGAGAACGGAAAUCUGAGAGUGACAAAGAUGUGAAACAGGUCACAAGGGAUUACGAUGAAGAAGAACAAGGAUACGACAGUGAGAAGGAGAAGAAGGAAGACAAGAAAAUGUCAGAGUCUUCCUCCCCUAAAACAAAGGAGUCUACUGCUGAUAAAGGAAGUGGCGAUGCGGCAAGGGAAUCCAAAGUGAAUGGGGAUGAUCACCACGAGGAAGACAUGGACAUGAGUGACUGAGCUCUGCCUGUGCAGUGGCCACGGCUGCAGCCGUGCCAUCAGUGUCAUUCCUGUGUGAUUCUUUUACGCUGUAUUCGUUAAUCCUAAACCUCGAUGUAUACAGCUCUGAGCUACCCCUGGUUUGUAAAUCUCCUGAUACUAACUCACACGAAAGCUUGGUAGAAGGGUAACCAUCCUUGUUAUGGCUGAGGGAGCGCGGAGCCAAGCCAUUUCUACUAACUUGGUGAUGCUUCAAGCAAAAGUAAAAAGCUGCAUGCAUCUACAGCAGGCAUGGACUGUUUGUUGUCUGAUCUCCUGUAGUAAAUCAGCUCACCUCUGAUAGUGUCUCUAGAAUUUGAUUCAUUGCAGUAAUAGGGAAGUAGAGGGAAUGCACUGACUGCGUGGGGAUGGGGCAGAAACAUCCUCCCUCUUGGGACGUCCUGCGGAGCGGCACGGGGUCCAGCGUGGGACUACACACACCACGGUGACAGCACAGCUGGAACCAGCGUUCUCAUAGAGGUAGCUUUGGGUUUUGUUGUUUGUUUUGUUUAUUUCUUAAAGCCAUGGGGCUGGGGUUGGUUUUGAUUUUCCCGGUGGGUUUUGUUUGGCUUUGACAAGGUUAAGAUGCACUGACCUUUUUGAGGGCUUCCUUUUUAAUCCUCUGUAAUGGUUCUUUAGCUUUUCCUCCUGAGCCCUGGGACAGAAAUCCUCUGCUUGGCCAGCACCCAGUGAUGAAAGGUUGAUUUGUGCAGUUCUCCUAAACCAGGUUCUUUUAUUUGUUACUGAGCUGAACACUUUGCAAAGAGGUAGUAGUGCAUUUUAAAUCAACCUUCGGAUGCUUUUAAAAGCAAGUCUACUUGAUAAUGUACUUUUUACUUGAUCUCAAGUUGUAUAAACUAAUACCUUUGUGUUUACUGUCACUGCAGUAGUACUCUUAUGCACACAGUGAUUCCAUGUUAUCCGCAGAGUAGUUAGGCAAAGCUGUUUCCUUAGUUACAGAAGUUCAAGAGCUCUCACUUUUGUGCAGGUCAGAAGACAGAAGUAGGCCACGGUCUGUGCCAUGUCCAUGUACAGUUUCUGAAAUUGUUUUACAGAACUUUGAUAAUAAAACCCUUAAACUUACA